UCGAGGAUGAGUCGCGGCGGGCGCGGCGCUUUCGCGGCCAACGCCACACCAGCACCAUGCCCUCGAGAGGUGCAAUAGUAUAGUGUGGGUGGCGCGCGCGAACUCAUGUGCCUUCUCACCACCUGCAACUUGAUGGAUUUGGUCGUCGUUAUUUCCAGUUGACUGUUUCGCACCCCCCGUCUCCUCGGAGCCUGUGCCGCCGCCGACCACCGAAUUCCCCCAGUUUGUUCCGUUUCGCGUUCGCCGAGGCGACUCGGUGCAGCCUCCAGUAGCCGUCGUCCCCCUGACUGAACGCACAGAACAACAACAUGCCGGUCCGAAGAGGUCACGUGGCACCACGCACAACCAUCAUCGAGACCAUCAUCCGCAAAUUCGACACUCACAAUCGGAGUUUUCUGGUGGCGAACGCUCAGCAGGAACAAUGCCACAUAAUCUACUGCAGCGACGGCUUCAGCCGCCUCUCGGGCUUCAGCAGGGCGGAGGUGAUGCAGCGGGCGGCGGUGUGCGACUUCCUGCACGGCACGCUGACCUCCCAGCACGCGGUCACGCAUGUCAGGGAGGCGCUCGCCGCCGGCGUCGAAAAGCACUUUGAGAUUCUCUACUACAAGAAAGACGGUACAAAGUUCCUGUGCAGUGAAGUCAUCGCGCCCGUGAAGAGCGAGGUGGACGACAUUUGCCUGUACAUUCUCAACUUUGAGGAUCUCACUGCAGUCACGCCGCCCAUUGACGACAGAGCCGGCGGCAGCGCUUCUGCACAACCCCUGCCCAUCGGUGGUACUGGGCCUCCUCACCAACCUGUGAAUCGCCUCGGACGGCUGGGCCGUGCGAGGCAGUCAUUCAGACAGUCAUUUAAGAUGGGACCAUUAAGAAGAGGGCGUGCCUUUUUGGAGAACGCGAUAGCACCACCGCAGGCCACGCCGAUUCGCGAGGAAAUCUCUUUGGACGAGAGGAGCGAAGUGCUGGAAGUGAGUUUCCCCGAGAAGCCCCCGCUGUCUGCGCUGCACCACCGCGCCUCGUUUCCACCGCGCACUCCGGCGACGGCGCUACCUGCCCUGACGGCACCACCCACAGGGGGUCUGAAUCGGACAAAGGAGGGAGACAGCAGUCCCGAGUCGUCGCCAACACAAAAGCCGCCCCCGCAAGGCGGCGACAUCAUCCCUUACAACCACCCGCCGCUGCGGCCGGCGUCCUCGCUGGACGCCAUUUCCAAACAGAAACUGGCAGAGGCGGCCGCCGCGGCCAGCCAGAACGUGCCUAGCAGGAGUGCCACCAUGAGUGCGCUAACAUGCAGCUACCCUGAGCCCACCCUCGAAGACACAAGGAUUCGGCCACACACGCUAGAUAAUUUUUCAGAAGCUGCGGCGCGAAACCACGUUUCCAAAUCCUUCCCGAACGCUUCAUCAGAGUCGGACCUGGCGAGGUACCACGCGGCCCUUUGGGCCGACCAGAGACGCGACCGGAAAUCCCCUUCGCUUAGCAACGUAGCUUCAGAUAGCCUAAGACAUAAGUUUUCUAUUCAAGACAAUGGAUCGGCAAAAUUUUUUCAAGGUGCUCUCCACACUCCUAACAUGGGUGAAAAAGUUGCUCAGGUGUUGUCAUUAGGAGCGGACGUCCUACCAGAGUACAAGUUGCAGUCCCCGCGGAUCCACAAAUGGACCAUCCUGCACUAUUCGCCGUUCAAGGCGGCGUGGGACUGGAUCAUCCUUAUCCUAGUCAUGUACACGGCCAUUUUCACGCCCUACGUGGCCGCCUUCCUCUUGAACGAGCCCGACCACAACAAUCGCAAGAGCAAAAAGUACGGCGACGACCCCAUUGUUGUCAUCGACCUCAUCGUGGACGUCACGUUCAUCAUCGACAUUCUGAUCAAUUUCCGCACGACCUACGUCAACUCGAACGACGAGGUCGUGUCGCACCCUGGCAAAAUCGCCGUGCACUACCUUCGAGGCUGGUUCCUGAUCGACCUGGUCGCGGCCAUACCCUUCGACCUGCUGCUCUUCGGCUCAGACACCGACGAGGCAAGUGAAAAUACCACCACGCUGAUUGGGCUCCUCAAGACUGCCAGACUGCUCCGGCUUGUGCGAGUCGCUCGAAAAAUUGACAGAUACUCCGAGUACGGCGCCGCAGUCCUUUUGCUCCUCAUGGCCACUUUUGCUCUCAUCGCACACUGGCUCGCCUGCAUUUGGUAUGCAAUAGGCAAUGCAGAGCGGCCUCUCUUAAAAAGUAAAGUAGGGUGGUUGGAUCUCUUAGCAAACGAUACUCACCAAUUUUACUACCCCAACAACACUGGCGGGCCUUCGAUAAAGUCUCGUUACAUCACAGCGUUGUAUUUUACGUUUAGUAGUCUGACGUCGGUAGGGUUCGGCAACGUAGCGCCCAACACGGAUGCAGAGAAAAUUUUUACCAUUUGUGUGAUGCUUGUGGGAUCACUUAUGUACGCCAGUAUAUUUGGUAAUGUAUCAGCGAUAAUUCAAAGACUUUAUUCCGGUACUGCGAGGUACCACACACAAAUGUUGAGAGUGAGAGAGUUUAUUCGUUUCCACCAAAUUCCAAAUCCAUUAAGACAGAGGUUAGAAGAGUAUUUUCAGCAUGCGUGGACGUACACAAACGGCAUAGACAUGAACAGUGUCCUCAAGGGAUUCCCCGAGUGUCUGCAAGCAGACAUUUGUUUGCAUCUCAAUAGAAAUUUGCUCAACACCUGCUCUGCAUUUAGUGGGGCAUCACCAGGCUGCCUGAGGGCAUUAUCUAUGAAAUUCAAAACAACCCACGCGCCGCCGGGUGAUACUUUGGUCCAUCGAGGCGAUGUGUUGACGUCCUUGCAUUUCAUAUCGCGUGGCUCGAUAGAAAUCCUCAAGGACGACAUUGUCAUGGCCAUCCUAGGAAAAGACGACAUUUUUGGAGAGAACCCGUGCGCUCACCCCACCCUAGGCAAGUCCUCGUGCAACGUCCGGGCUCUGACAUACUGUGAUCUGCAUAAAAUACACCGUGAUGACCUGCUCGACGUGUUGGAUCUGUACCCCGAGUUUCACGAAUCCUUCACCACCAACCUCGAAAUUACCUUCAACAUGAGAGAUGAGGAAUUGGCAGGCGUGGACCCCCUGGUUGCUCGUCGGCGACCACCCUUAGCCUCGAGGUCAAACUCGCAAGACAGAGACUCUGAUGUGAGAAAGGCUGCGUACAAAUUGCCAAAGAAGAGAAGAACCACCCAGGCGAGCACCGGUUCCGGCGCCUACACCGUGGCCGACCUGAGGGAACAGCGCCAGGACGAUGAGGAUUCCAGUGAAGAACAUUCAGAAUUUGAUAAGUCUGGACACGGCAUACUGGAGCUCUCGCCGGACAAAGCGGGUCGUGACGUCACUCCUCUCAAUUUGGAAUUCAAAGAUGAAGCGAAAUCUUCAGCUCUCAACUCCUUGUCAGGCAUGCUCAACCAAUUGAAAAGGAGCUUCACAGACCUCCGUAUGCAUAAAAGCAACAGCAGUCACAGCACUGAACACCACCAACGAUUGCGCGAGCAAGACGAGCAUGGAUGCAUUCUUGCUAUUUGUGAUGAUAAAGACUACGGUAUGUGGAUGAGAAAGCAGAAACCUUUAACCACCUCAGCCACCACCGUCACUACUUCUUCUUGCUCUAAGACUCAGCAAGCAACUUCGACACCACCAACAUCGCCGCAGGACUCUGUAGUCGCUUUGGAUUUUUGCAAAUCUAAGCAUGGCACUCUAGCAGUUUCUGUCCGUUGCUUAAAAAAGCAGGAACCUCCUUUACUAACUAACACAUCAACAGCAGGCGUGGAGGGAGUGGUGCCUCAAAUCGAGGAAACCGCCCUCGAGAGGAGCAGCGAGGACGUCAAAAAGGAAAGUCCACAGAAAACCAACCUUUUGGCCCCAUCGCCGUACGCAACGCCUGAGCCUUCGCCGCAACCUCAGGGCACAAGUUGCACGUGUCCUCCUGUUGACGAAAUCAAUGCUAGGAUUGAUCAGCUCAGCAGGCAACUGUACAAUUUGGAGCACCAGGUCGGAAGCGACAUGCGGCUGAUCCUCUCGCUGCUGCAGCAGCAACACCCAAUGCCCCCACCCCUGAGGCGGGAAACAUCCUCGUCCGCGUCUUCGCUUGGACCUGACCUUAGAGAAACUUCAUCCGAUUACACAACUUCCCGAUCGAUAAGACACAACAGACCUCCUAUGCUGCACCCCAUUGCCCCCCACCAAGAAGCAUUCCCAAGCGACAACCAAAGGCCUUACAGACUGGAAGGAGUCGAGGGGAGCGUGGAAAGUCCGAGCGGUGACGACGCUGAGCGGGCGAUCGCCAGCGGCGGCUUUUCCAGCAGCCCCAGCAGUCUGGGUCCAACUUGCUCCAGCCAUAUGAGAUGCAGCUGCAGUUGCAGUCCGAAAUGUCCGUCCUUACCCCAGGCAGUGGCUGAACGCUUGUCCAUGCCCACUGGACAGCAGCCUUCACGCAGCCAGUCCCAACCGUCUGACUUACCGCAGGCUCACUUGAAAGGCACCAAAAGACGAGCAGGGUCACUCCAGCUGAAGGAGAUUCCCAGCAGUUGGCUCUCUUCAACGACCACGCCACUCAGACCGAGACACGACUCGAGAGAGUCGAAGGAGUCCAAGGGUAGUGAGGCCGAGUCUUGGGAGUUCAGGUCAGCCACUGAGGCGCCCAUCGCGCGCCUCGAGUCGCUUGACGAACUUGACCAAGUUUCACAGGGAGCUGACAGUCCACAUUCCACAGAAAAGCCUUGGGCAGAGCAGCAAAAGAAGCGAUCGUCUGACGUGUAGGGCAAAGCAGAACUCGGCAACUAAAUGAAGAAGUUAGAGAACAUUCAAGGCACCUACCGCACACUCGCGAACACUCACACAGCAGCCAUAUGAAGCAAAGGAACAAAACGUAAUUUAUGAUAACCAAGUAGAGCGCACUUUUAUCAAUGCAUUAAAAUGUUAUUUCUUUGCCCAGCAUCUUAAUAAUAUUUUAAUCGCUGAAGAGAAUUCGCAUGUAAGAGAAGCGUCAACAGAUUUACCCUUGCCAAAAAUGGUUUGUUUUCCCCAUUCUGGAGUGUUUUCUACAAUUUUCCAUUUUCUCAACCCUUUCAAAGUGCAUUACUUUCAAGACCUGUUCACGCUUCUUGCCCACAUAAAUAAAUUGUCGUACGCAGCGGCGGCGUUUUGAAAAAGCGUCUGCAUCUCUCUCAUUCGCACUAAAUUAUCACAGUACGCUUUCGAAUUAGCUGAUUGGGCUACUGUUCUAGAAGCUUUCGUAGGCACCAUCCGUGGUUUAAGGAUACUUAAAAAUCUGCUAAGUAAAAGGGCACUGCGUGUCUUUACUUCCCAUCGUGAGAAAUUACAAUACUUUGUUAUGUGAAAAAUGCACAACGACGAGUGGAUCAAUUGUUAUGUUUCUUACCAAUUAUUAGGAGCAAAAAGAGACAAACAUGCAAGGGUGUGAAUAAUCAUUUGUUGGCCGUCGAAGAUCUUUCUUUCCACUGAACAGUUUAUUAUCCCCUUUGACAAACGCACCCAAAUAAUCGCAGUACUUCAACUUUUUUCCAUAAAAACUUAUCGACCACGUGCCCCCUGUAAAUAUUUAAUCGCGCAUUCAUGAGUUAGAACGAGUAGAUAAUUGGCAUAAUAACUUUUAACGAUAUAUUAAAAAGCUGGCAGCCAUUUUCUCAAAAAGGAUAAAUCUAAGUAAUAGAGUUAUUGCCUAUAUUUGAUCUCUGUAAAAAAAGAAAAAUAACAACAAGAGCGGUAACAAGCUUUAAUAAUUUAUAUAGAAGAAAAUAUAAUAUAAAAAAUUCUAGCCAUUCAAUUAAAGCAAACGCUUCAGUCUAGUCACAUUUCUCUCGCAAAUAAUAAUAAAAAAAUUAAAUUAGAUGUAUAAUUAAUUAAGUUUUAUAUAUAAAUGCAACGUUCACUUCCUGUGGGAAAAUGGUUGCUAGUUUUGCUAUAGCAGCUUGGAAUUAUCAAAAAUUUUAGGAACCUGCCGGGGAUUGUUUGUGACGGAGUGAACAGAAUCCCAUUUCUGCACCGCUGCGGCUACUUGUCUAAAGAAAUCUAAUAUUAUGUACUAUCGACACAAAUCUAAAUGUAGGUGGAGACAUCGUUUAUUAACAAACACACAUUGCAUGCAUGUUCGCAAACACACGGAAAAAAAUAGAUAAAAACUUAAAAAAUCUGUUGUGUGUAUUAAGCUCAUAUUGUUGCAACAAAGGCAAGUUUUUUAUCAAGUGCAAAAGAGAAUUAUAUUCUUCAUAUAGGCGCAGAGCUUUUGGACAAGACAGGUCUGUGCAAUUAAAACGAAAAACAAAAGCUUGCAGAAUUCUAAGUUUGGCGCUUCACCAAUAAUAACAGGAAAAAAAAUCUGAUCAUGUACUUUUGGUGACAAACAAACGAUUAUAAUGUGAAUGUAGAGUCGAGGGACGGAAAUAUGGAAACAGGUUUCUUGUGUUUUUUUUUAAUACUGUGUUACUCUCCUCUGGUUAUGUAAAUUGAACGCGAAGCAGUUUUGUAUGGUUGAUUGAUAGUUACUCUCUCAGGUACAUAAUUAUAUAUAUUUAUUAAAGUUUAGCAGAAGAAAGGUCAGUGACUAGAAUGAAUUAAGUGCGUUUUAGCCACACAAACACACACGUCGCAGGUGGGGAACUGUGGUGAGAUUAUAGCAAAAGUGAGCGAGUUCUAGUGUUAUUACGAGUAAUUUAAUAUUUAAUAACUUUAUAAUACGGUUGUGAAAAACUGUAACAAAAAAUAGGGCCAACAAUUAAUUACUUAAUCCAACACAAAGCACUACUUCUACUACUACUUUGAUAUAACGAAAAAUAAAUCGUCUUCUCCCUCGAGCAGCGAAAUUAGAAAAGCGAAUUUCGCUAAAAUAUUUUUUCGGACAGAAGAAUAAGCGUGUGCAAAGAAGGGUUAACAGACACAAAUUGGGGUACUCGAUUUAUGGAAGUUAAUUUUUUUGAAUCACACUCACAUAAAAAAUGCCACACAAACCCAGCUUUAAAAAGUAAAAAAAGCUUCUCUUUCAACACGACCAAAAAUUGAUUGAUAAAAUUUGAACGUUAAAAAAAAAACGAUCA